GUUCCAUCCCACGUGUAUUCCCACUUCCUCACCCAGAAUCACGUUGAUCUGAGCAGUUAUGAUUUCGUUGCGACGUAAACUACCCAAGACAUCAGCUGAACGAUUUGCAUUACUAGUCAUAUCUGUCUUGGUUCCUCUCGUCGUCCUAUUCCAGCUCUCUGUCGUCUUUCCUAUCAUUCACGUCAUCGACAUCGAAAGAACUGUCAGCUCUGUUUUCCUUCUUUACAUAUUUACAAACAUAGCUGGAAACUUCUGGAUGAGUCUGCUAGAGAAUUCGAACACGAGCAGAGUUUUCCUCCCCACAGUGUUAAAGCCCGGAUGGAUGUAUUGCUCUUUCUGUCAACAAAACUCGCCUCCACGGUCAUACCAUUGUCACCUUUGUCAGGCGUGUGUACUGAAGAGAGAUCAUCACUGUACGUUUACAGGAAACUGUAUCGGAUUUUACAAUCAUCGAUACUUCGUCAUGUUCCUCUUGCAUCUCUUCAUUGGCAGUGUCUACUGUAUUGUGCAAAACACAGAGUUUGUGCUCAAUCAAGUGGAGCAAUUGGACUGGAAGACCAUUAUCUGUCUCUUGUUGCCUUUACUUUCGUUUGUGUUUCAGCUCAAAAGCCACCUGACUCUUACAUCAAUGUUUGUCUAUUCCAUCUGCAUUGUUGGCUGCUUUGCUUCCAUAACAAUUCUAACUCGUCAAAUCAUACAGUUGCGGAGAGGUCAAGUUGGCUUUGAGUACAGUCAUGGUGAAACAAAAUAUGAUUUGGGAUCUUGGAAAAAAAAUUUCAAGACUGUAGCUGGUUCAAGAUGGUAUAUUGUCUGGUUGUUGCCAUGGAUAUCGUCUCCACUUCCUGGUGAUGGAACUGUAUUUGGACUUGACUUUGAGACAGCUAGUGAUGCUGAUGUGAAGUCAAUUUAGAGUAAGGCUGUU